GUCUUACAAACAUAAAUUUUGGUGAUAGACCUUUAACUUCUUAAUAAAUAGUAUAUUUAUUAGCUGAAAACGCAAAUUAAUAGUAAAUGAUUGAUGAGUGCUAAAGGAUUUGCAAAGAUCUACUAUCGUCUAAUAAGGUGGAUAAGGCCGCGAUAUCUCAUACGGGAAGAUUAUACGCUUCGACUUGAGGAAGAUCCUCAGAUUCGAUACAAAUAGCGUCGUCACAAGUUGAAUAGAUAACUUCCUUGCCUAUUCAAAAUGUUUAUAGCACAGUAAAAAUAAAACCGAAAUAGGUUCGCCAUUUUCACAUAUUUAAUGUCCGUGGAGCAAACAUUAUAUAUUGAAUGGGUUUCGAAAAACUUUAUCUUAUCAUAUCGAAAUUCAAAUUAUCCUAACUUACAAGGAAAUGGAUGUAAAGAUGAUAGCUGGACUUUUGUUUUUGGCUGGUUGUUUGCUGUGUCAGGUUUGCUGUCUAGAGGAGCCAACGUGUUCAUCUCGAUGUGAGUUUGAGGCCAGGAUAUCGAGGCAGCUUGCAGAAAUACAGCAUAAUUUGUCCUCCAUCCGUCAAGAUCGCGGGACGGCCUGUCGAGAUGGGUGGAUCCCAUUCCACGGGUCCUGCUAUCUGUUUGAUGACUCUGACUUUGAUGACUUUCUCGGUGCAGAGCAUCACUGUCGUCAAUAUGGGGCCCACCUGAUUCAUGUGAACACGGAGGCGGAAAACAUGUUUAUUAAAGCCCACCUUUCAAAACUACAUCUCCUAAAGUGGUGGAUAGGGAUUCAAGAUUCGGAGUUGGAGGCAGUAUGGAAAUUCUAUGGCGAUGACUCUGUCGCAACGUUCACAGACUUCAAUCCCGGUGACGGUGGAGACCAUGGAACAGAGGACUGUGCCUCCUUUGACAAAAACAGCGAGUUCCGAUGGGUGGACGUCCUUUGUAACGGCGCUACUAUAAGAGGAGCAGUCUGUGAAAUGAAGGGAAUCUAAAAGCCUUCGCGUUUGCGUCGAAAUGGCAAAUGUAUUUGAAUAAUGCUUAUUACAGAGGAUUUUUUGUAAUUAAAUUAUGCGUCAUUUAGUCGCUGAGGAAUUAAUACUGAAAAAAUAAAUAUUUAUUGUUGAAUUCCUUUGCUUAUAAGUGUACAUCUGUUUUUCUACGCCGAUUCUUUAAUGUUUUUUAUAAAGGGUUGACAUAGCCACUUCUAUUUUACUGUACAUAUUUAAUGAAAAAGUUGUUUACUCAUGCCUGAAAGUAUCACAUGUGCGCCAAAACUGCUGAAAAUAUAAUAAGUACAUAAUUCCUCUAAUUCGGAAAUUUUAUUUUCUGUGUUUGUGUUCUAUUAUAAAUAAGAUUCCAUCUAUCUAUGCAUUAACGCCAACUUUUCGAGAGUAUAUGCAAUUCCAAAUUACUUCUCCGAAUAGUUUUCGCUUCAAACUACGUGUUAUUGCUAUGCUUCAUUCAACACCCAAGUUGUUAAGCAAAAUGUGAGUAACAACAGUCGUCAACUUGACUUGAUUUACCGUUUUGACCACUUUUUUUGUCUUGGAAAGAGCCGAUUUUUGCGUAAUUAUCUGUAAACGAGUGAUAUAAGACUGCGGACAAAAGAUCAGAUUGCUGAUUUUCCUAUUUCCAUUCGAAAAAUAAUGUUUUAUGGCUAAAGGCGUUACUAACGGUUUAAAAAAAAACUAGUUGGUAAGGAAGUCAAAAGUUCCCAGGAAAGUCGUUGGUGGCUAUGGCGGAGGUAGUUGGUAUGGAUGUCAUAUUUGCGAAGACGUUCCUUCGCUGCUAAAGAAGUAAGUGGUUGCUUAGGAAGUCCUAAAAUGCUUAUGCUGUCAUUGCUUUGCUAUGGAUGUAGGAAGUUAAAACUAUUUAAGUGGCUAAUGAGUAAUAUUUUUCUAAGAAAGUCGUUCGUUUCUUAAGAAAGUCAUUAGUUCUAUGCAUGCAGGUAGUUGGUAAGGAAGUCAUGGUAGCAAAAGAAAUCUUUGGUUCCUAAAAAAGUAAGGGGUUACUUAGAUAUUCAUUGGUUAUUCAGGAAGAAAGUGGAUGCUCUGGAAUGUUUUGGUUGCUCUUGUAGUCAUUGUUUGCGAAAGAAGUCUUAUAUGAAUGAAGGUAGUUGCUAACGUUGUAAUUGGUAACUAAGAAAUCCAUCGGUUUUGAAGGAAGUCAUUGGUUGAUUUGGAUGAAAAAGCUGCUAAGAAAGCAACCAAGCAACCGCCCCAUUGUGAAAGUAUUGGUGUUUUUCAUAUAAUCACAUUACAAGAUAAAAAUGUCUAGACCGUUACGACCAAACUGCUCGACAUGGAAUUGAUAGUUUUGAGACUGACUUCUACGCGUGUAAUAUAGGGAUAAUGCAUUACCGAGGGUGUCACCUACAGCGGACGCGUGCGAAAUGCGCUCAUACCCAGGGGCCGUAUUCAAUAAGCAACUUAAAUUUAUCUUAAAUUUGAAAUUAGAAACUAAGUGUUUUGAUUGGCCUGUAUAUUUAGUUGACCAAUAGGCUGAAUGGAAACACUGAGUCAUGUCUAAGGAUAAGAUUAUUCAUUUCACGCGUUUCGUUAGUAUAGCGUGAAAUAUUUGUCUUGGCGAAAUGAUAGUAUUUUAAUACAGUAGUGGUCAGUCUUGCACGAGGAUUUCGUGCUAUAUUGGUAUAUUAGCGUGUAGAGUCAUUCUACCAGUCGAUUUCACUCAGUUCACUUCGUAACCUAAAUUUUCACCUCAAUAUUUUUAGUGAUUUUGUUUCACUGUUUUAUAUCCAUAUUGAAACCAGGCAAUUGAAUGAGGUUCGACAUUCAUACUUUGUGGAUCGACACGGGGCAAACGAACACAGGUUUCCAGAGUUAACCGUCUCUGUUUUUUCCUGGCCGGUCGGUUGCACUGCAUAGGACUUUAUUAGCCAGGGAAUUUUAUUGUGUUGUGCUCUACAUAAAUACAUGUGCUCGUUUUAUACUUACUUAAGCUGGCUGCACGUCAUCAUCUAAUAAACAACUCGUCUGGUAUUGCA